CCUCCAUCACCGCCUUUAUCCAGCCCUCUCAUUAUUCAACCGCACUCCCCCCCUCACCUGUGGUCUUCAAAUUCUUGUUGUCGCUUCGUGCCUUGUUUGUAUGCUCAUCGUUGGAGAUUUAGAAGCUUCAAUAGAGCUACUGUAUCAUACCAUUGUGUGAUACUGCGUGUGAGCUUCGGUGACCCAGAACAAGGACGAAGCAGUAGAGAUUCAUGAUGGAGCAGAACGACUUCAAUGCUGUUCCCUGGCACAAUGACCCCGAGAGCGAUGCUGAGCGACCUGCAUCUGCAGUGAGCACAGGCACUGAAGGUCACGGCGAUUCUUCACACGAUCCUCAUGGCAAACGACGCAUGAGCGCCGCUGAGGAACAGGAGCAGCAAUCGGACCAUGCCCAAGCCAGGGAUCCCACCGGACUUGGUGAAGGCACUCUUGAAUGCACUGUAGACAAACCUCAGAAAGAAAAUGAUGGCACCAAGGAUGCAUUUGUCUCGUAUCUUGUGACAACGCAUACCGACUUCAAAUCCUUUCAGCGCGCCGACUUUACGGCUCGGCGACGUUUUACUGAUUUUCUAUUCCUCUACAAAACUCUGUGCCGCGAAUACCCCGCCAGUGCGGUACCUCCACUUCCGGAUAAGCACAAGAUGGAAUAUGUUCGGGGUGACCGUUUUGGUCCCGACUUCACCCAACGACGAGCAUACUCGUUGCACCGCUUUCUCAAGCGAUUGACACUUCACCCGGUACUUCGCCGCAGCAGCAUCCUGAUCAUUUUCCUUGAGAGCUCCGAAUGGAACGCCCACAUGCGCAUUCGCCCAACGCGAGGGUCUUCUAUUUCGGAGCAAGGCGGGGGCGGCGUAUUCGACAACUUUACCGAUACAUUUCUCAAUGCCUUUAGCAAAGUGCACAAGCCGGACAAGCGGUUUAUUGAAGUUCGCGAGCGUGCCGAUAAGCUCGAUGAUGAUCUCGGACACGUCGAGAAGAUUAUGGCCCGAGUAGCCCGCCGAACGGGUGACCUUGAAGCCGAUUAUGCGGAUCUGGGUACUCAAUUCCACAAGCUUGUCAAUCUUGAGCCAGGCGUACAGGGUCCUCUGCAGCUUUUCGCCGCCAACGUCGAGGAGAGCUCUGGCGGGUUCAAGGAGCUAAAGGAGCACAUGGAUCAGAACUACCUGGGCUCACUGCGUGACAUGGAGGCGUACAUUGUGUCGAUUAAAUCGCUGCUCAAAGUGCGCGAGCAGAAACAGCUCGACUUUGAAGGCCUAACAGACUAUCUCAACAAGGCAGCGUCAGACCGUGAUACGCUGGCAUCUUCGCACGGCUCUUCGGGACUGGGCGGCCCUGGCGGGUUUUUGCGCAGUAAGAUUGAAGAUGUCCGUGGCGUAGACCACGAGCAGGCUCGCCGUGAGCGGGUCCGCAAGCUCGAGUUGCAGAUUGAGAAGUUAUCCCGCGAAGUGGAGGAUGCGAAACGCACGACGGAAGCCUUUGAUGAGGAGGUUGUUCGAGAAGUGGCUGAUUUUGAACGCAUCAAGGCGUCUGAGUUCCAGGAUACCCUCGGCGACCUUGCCGACGCGCAUAUCAAUUUCUAUUCGGGCACAAUUGAUACCUGGGAGCGGUUUCUCAAGGACAUUGAACGCGACGGUGUGUCUGUAUCAUAGCGGCUGUAGCAUUUGCCUUGGCUAGUCAACAGUUUGAUCCGGAUGCUGUCCAGCUCUCGGCGCGGCACAUGGAUUCCGCCUUUUUCGAAGCAAAAGCGACGGCGCCAUGUCGUGGGGUGUCCUCUUCAUGCUCCUGUCUCUUUUGCCACACUGUCAGACCGUUCAAACCAAGACGAUACGACAUUUAAAUCUUUUGGUGUUGAUGGCGUUUUCUCAUCACCUGUCUCUAAAUUUCUAUUCCCCCUACCCUUUUUCUGCCUCUACAG